CCUUGGAAGCCCUCCCGUCUGGUAGCCAGAUCCUGGCCCUUAGCCUUAGCUUUGAGAAGAAGUCUUACACUCCCGGGAAGUUCAGUGGUAACGUAGGAGGAAGUUUCCUGCUGUUUGGGGUGAAUGCUUGCAGUAGUCGUCACAAAUGGGCGCACUAACUUCUGGCCUUAAGAAUGGAGGGUCAAAAAGUUGUCCGUUUUUCUGAUGAGGUUGAGCAUGAACAGAUUCAGAAGAGGACGUUCACUAACUGGAUUAAUGCACAGCUUUCCAAGAGAUGUCCUCCCUCGUACGUGUCGGACUUAUUUGUGGACCUCAAACACGGGUCGCAUCUGCUCGACCUGCUGGAGGUGAUGAGCGGGCAGUCAAUGAAAAGACAAAGAGGUCGGGGGGUUUUCCAGCAGCGGGCUAACAUCGAGACAGCUCUGAACUUCCUCAAGAAAAAAUCAAUCAAACUGGUGAACAUAAACAUACCAGACAUCAUAGAUGGGCGUCCAUCCAUCAUCCUUGGCCUCAUAUGGACCAUUAUUCUCCACUGUCAUGUGAGUUUCACUGCCAACUCUGUAAAAUGCGGCACUUCUAUCACUGCCAUUGUGAUUGAGGAGCUAGCCAGCGCUCUCUCCUUCAGCUCUCGUCAUUCCUCCCUGGACUCUUUAUCCAGCCUGGACUCCUGGUCCGGCAGUCCGGUCCCAGCCAGCCCCGUCCCCCCGGGUCGGACAUCCCCUCUUCACAGACGCUUCCGCAUGUCAGCCAAAAAGGCCCUGCUCAUGUGGGUCAGGGACCAAUGCCAAAAGGUUCAUAGCUCUGUCAGUGUGAAGGACUUUAAGUCCAGCUGGAGAAGCGGAGAGGCCUUCUUGGCCAUCCUGUGCUCUCUCAGGCCAGAGCUGGUUGAUCUCUCUCUGGUGCCGUCCAGAAGCAACCAGGAGAACCUGGAGGAAGCUUUUCAUCUGGCUGAGCAGGAGCUUCACAUCCCCCGCCUCCUGGAGCCCCAGGAUGUUGAUGUGAAAGAUCCAGAGGAAAAGUCCAUAAUGACUUAUGUGGCCCAGUUUCUGCAGUACUCCAACGACAUGCCAGCUCCUGAUGACCACCUCCAGGUUUCUGAGACUGAGCGAGCACAGGAGGUGACGUGCUGGCUGCAACAGGCCUACCAGGAACUGUCCGAGGCAUGGGCAGACACAAAGACGUCCAGUUAUGCAGAAAAAUGUCAGGUGUUCCAAGGCCUCGCCAGCUCCUUCUCCGAGCAGAGGAGACCGGUGAUGACCCUCCUCGCUGCCGUAAGACGCUGCCCAGAGCUGAGUCAGGAGCAGCGCAGUCUCAGAGCAGCGUGGGAUCAGAUGGAGGAAGAGCUCCGAAGGUGUAAAGCAGACUUGGACCAGAGUGUUCCUGCUCCUGUGGACUCUGUUGUUGCGUGGCUGCAGCGAGCGGAGGCCGUGCUAAAAGAGCAGGAAGGGACAACAAAAGACCACACAGAUGCUGCCAAAGAAGCAAGAGCUCGACAGGAUCACUUACAGACACUCAUUAAGGAGAUGAGCCACUAUUGCAAGAUCCUUGAUGCUUACCACAACACGGAUGAAUCCGGGAAUGUGAUAGUGCCUCCGGAAAAGUUUGAUGAGAUAAAAAACCGUUUAACCAACAUCCGAGUCACGGCCAAAUACGAAGGGAUCAAGCUGGAAUAUCGGGAAACCCGCCACACAGUUCUGGACCUGCUGAGACAAAUCAGCACCAAAGUGCAGACGUGGAAAGCUCCCUGCAGGUCUCAAGAGUCUGUGCGGGUUCUCCUGCAGGACUGGAGUGAAACUGUCGAGCAUCGAGGAAUGCUCUUGAUUCUGAUGGACGCUGUUCAAAUCCUGAAGGAGAGGGCGAACAUUUACACUAGCAAAGCUUCUCUUGGUGAAAACUCCCAGCGUGUAACGGGUCAGGUGAGGGACGCAGAGCGGGAAGCUAAACUGGCCACCCAGGCCGUGGCGGCAGCUAAAGGGACGAUGGAGAGAGUGGAAUCUGCAUGGGAGGUGUACAACAAGCGCCUCGCCUCUCUGCAGACAUGGCUGCCGCAAGCUCAGCGCUCUGCCGAGGAAAUCCAGGACAUGAGCAAGUGUCAUGCCCAGUUGAACGAAGCGGGGAACUUUCUUAUCGAAGUGACCGAGACUGCAGUCGGCGCCACUCUGGCUGAGCAGCUCAGCAAAGUCAACAUGCAGUGGGCUGACUGCAUGAGGAAGGCCGUGUUUGAAGUGCCAUUGGAGCCCAGUGUUGGUGCUGGAUGUCUUCAAAUGGUACAAUCCCUGACCCAGGAGGCCGGUUUGCUCAUGAGACAGCCACUGGAGGUGGCUUCAGUCCCACUGAAGGCAAACAGACAGAAACUUCAGUCAUUAAAAAAAAAGAUGGAGGAGAUGGACGUGCUGUCUCUCACCCUUUCCCUGGACUUCCAAACAAACCAAAAAGAAAAGCUGCAGCAGACUCUUACACAGGUUUCAGAAGCUGAGCGGAUUUGUGGGGAGCUGCAGCGGGCAGCGUCUAAACUGGAAGGACGCCUGGCCGAGCUGGAUCAUUGGAACACGGAUGCCCUGGACUGUUGUGACCAACUACGGGAGAAAGAGUCCAGAGGACACUCUGCCUUAGAAUCCACAGCCAAAGUGCUGAUCCCCAGAGGUUUGGAACUAGUGCAGCGGGCGGUAACAGAGGGCCAGGAUCUGCAGAAACUUGUUUCAGGAAUACAGAAUGCUUCUCCUCUGAGUUGUCUCAGUACAUCCAGUGUGAUGAACAGAGUAUCAGGAUCCGUCUCACACAGCCAGGAUAUUCUUGGAAAGUUUAGUUCCUUUGGGUUCAAGCAGCAACUCGGUGGGAUUCCUGAGCUGUUUGGGUCUGCUUUUCAGACACAAAAACAGCCAGAGCAAGGAUCAUAUGUUGUAGCCAGAACCAAACAUGUAGACCAGAUUGGGAAUGUCACGCCGAAAGAAAAGGCCCAGAAUCCAGCUUACAUGUCCCCACAGAGGACUAGAGCUAUGCACAGUGCUGCAAGCCAGCAAACGAACACAGAGGAGGACAAGGACACUGUUUUACCCCGUGCUGUAAUAAAAAUGACCUCUCCGCCUUCAGUUCAUCGUAUUCAAGCAUUUCCUCCAACUGCAAAAGAGGCAAAGUCCGAGCAUUCAGUUCAGCUGCAGACAGUUUCUAAAUCGCAAAGCAGACCCAAAGCCGCGGCGCAACCAAACCCCCCACAGAGCCAAACACCUCCACAGCCACCGGCCAUGGUCAGCAGUGAAGUCCACUCCAAAGCUCAGUCCAUGGCGAGGAGCCGGCUGGAGAAAGCCCGGCUUCGUCUGCAGGGACGCAUUCAGCAAGCCAUAAAGUUGUUUGGUGGCAAAGAGCUUUCAGAGUCCCAAGCCAAGAAGAAACAGAAAGCUUUAAAAAUUCUGCAGCCUGCCUUGCUUGAAGAGUUCCUGGGUGCAGUGGAAGGCUUUGGGGCCUUUUGUUCUGGACCCCAGCUCCAGGACUUGAUGCUCCUUUCCGAUUCAGUCAGAAAGCAGUGGGAGGAUGUAUGCAGAGAAAUGGCUGGCUUUGUUCUCACCUUGAAAUCUAAAAUGAGAGAAAGAAAGCAUCCCAUUUCUUAUUUGCAAUGUGACAUGUGUACUAACACUCUCUACGAGGAAACUGACCAGACAGGCAAAGAUUCUUUGCAGCUGCAACAGGUUGUCACUGAGGGGGCUGCAUCUGCUGAGGAACAUAUUGAAUCCCUCAGAGGGAUGUGUGAAACCCUGAUGCCAAGCAAAUCCUCCUGCCUUGACACACACCAACUGACACAGACAGAAGUGCAGGAAACACAAACCAGGGACACGUCAGGCCUUCCCCAGAGGGGACGGCAGCCAGAGGGACGUUCCCCGCUGAGUCCGGCUUGCAUGUCGCCGGGCGCAAAGCCGAGCAACGGUCCCUCCCAGAAACAAAGCCCGGACGGCCCCCAGCAGCCGUCAGCCAUCGCCCGCGUAGUGUCCGUGCGACACGGCCACAUCCCCCAGCUGCAAAGGCAGGACGCGCCGGCUCAAAGUCCCCCCACGCCGAGUAAAGACUGCAGGCCGGAGCAAAGGCCAAAGUCUUCCCUCCGAGCCAAAGAGCAGCUGCUGACAGUCCAUCUGCGUCGCGUCACCGAGAGCAGCCAGCCAGCCCAAACUCAAGCACAGGCCACAGUCAGGAGCAACAGUGUGGAGAUCAAACAAGAAGCACGGUGGACUGUCAUCCCAGAUCAGGCGGCCCAAACACGGGCGGAGCCACCCUCUGAACAGGAUGCCCCACAGAGAGUGGUGUCACUGGAGAAAACAUGCGACCUGAUGGAUUCUGCAUCUGGUGAGAGGGCACUGAUCACAGAAAAACUGAAUCGGAUCCUCGGGGAGUCUGUGGACGUCUCCUCUCUCACACUGGCUAAAUCGAGAGUCUUUUCUGACCUGAAGGAGAUUGAUGACACCCUGCAGGCUGAAAUGAGAAAUAACUUAGAGCAAAGCUCUGAAGAGGAGAGACGAAGGCCGGGAGCCUCAUCCCCACCAUCCGUUUGCCAGGUCCUCCGCAGUAACGUUCAUCAUCUGAGGCAGCUCAGACGGCAGUUGGAGGAAGUUCAGUCAGCUGCCCGGGCUCUGGAUCGUUUCCUGGCCACGCUGAGAGACGCCAAGGCCGAGAUCCCAACCCUGCUGGCAAAGCAGCACCCCGGCAGACAGAAAAACGAGGCGGAGCGGGAGCAGGAGAGACACAUCUGGCAGGCCACGCUGCAGAUGUUGCAGCCUGCCAUGGAACAAUCCGACGUUGUUGACAGGAGUUUGAAGGCAGUGGGGAUGACUCUGAGCAUGGAUGGGACACUUGUAACAUGCCAGGAGGUGGUGAAAACUGUGUCCAAACAUAUUUUAGACCAGGAAAAAGAGUUGGUAGCAACAAGGAGUAAGCAGAUGAAUGAAGAGGCAUUUCCUUUGGAAAGGGAUCAAAUGCAGAGCAAUGAGGAGUUCAGUCUUAUGGAGAUGCCUAAGACAAGGACCGGGAGCAAUUCAGGGCAGCAAAUUGGAGCACAAGAGCAUUCUUCUUCGAGUGUGACCGAAGAAAGUGUGACCAAAGAAGAGUUAGGGUGGCAGGUUAAAAGGAUGAAGCAGGACUUUGAGGGUCACACAAACACACAAAGAAAGGAAGAGCUCAGGACUCAAAUCUGGAGAUCCGAGGGUGACAUCUUAAAAAUCAGGGACAAAAGACAAAGAAGAAGCAGCCAGAUUAAAAAAGCAGGAGAGCAAAAGGAGAGUUGGGCCCAGAGGACAGCCGUGUUGUUGUCAACGCUGAGGAAGACAAAGACGAAGGCUGAGCAGCUGAGAUUGCCGGAACCCACUCUACCGGCUCUACAACAGAGGACGCGUGCGUUGACAGAGUUGGAAAGUCCUCUCGCCGGUCUCUUUUCUGAGGCGCAGCACCUGCGAGAUGCUUCCUCACAGGCAGGAGGCGACGAUCUGACCAGAGAGGUGGGGGAUCUCUGGGAGGAGACCAAAAGAGCUGUGACUGACCGGCUGGAGCAGUGUUCCGUCCUCACAGAGAUGCUGAAGAGGUUUCAGACCUUACGUGGUGAGCUGAGUGGGACACUGCAGAGAGCCGAAAGCACAGUCAGUGAACAAGCCUCCUACAUGGGGAAAGAUAACCUGCAGAGACUACACACCAAGGUCCAGGACACCAAAGUGGAACUGACUGGUCUCGGCGACAACAUAGAAGAGGUGCGCGGUGUCUGUAGGCAGCUCCACGCUCAGCUGCGCCAGAUGCCGGGCUGCACCGCCAUUUCCUUUGAGAGUGAAUCAGAGGCCCUGAUGGACCACUGGCUGGAUCUAUCGGAAAGAACAGAUUUGCACUUAGAAAACCUGCAUCUUUGCUUGAGCCUGUGGGAUGGAGUCCUUCAGUUAGGCGCAGAUGUUGGGAGCUGGACCGACAAUAAACUAGCAGUGUUUGCUCAGUGUCCAUCUUUUCAGAUGGAGGAGGACAUCGAGACUUUGCAGAGAGAGAUUUUAACCCAAGAGGAGAAUAUACAGCGUUUCCACCGAAGAGCGACUGAGAUACAGAUGCUCCUUCAAAGCUCAGAGUUUCCUCUGGAGCUACAGGUGGUUGAGACCCAGAUGAGGAAGAAGAUGGAGCAGCUGAAGGAGCUUGCUUCAGAAGCAGAGGAUGUUUACAAGCAGAUGGUAGCCACUAAGGGACAAAUUACUGGGAGGAUGGCAGAGUGUUUCAACUCCCUUGAGCAGAUCCAAAACUCCCUCCUCUCUCUGACUGGUCCUGAUGUUGCAACCGUCCUUGCCAAACUUAAGGAUUUAUGUCUGCAGCUCCACACCCAAGAUGAACAGGCUGCAAGUUUACUGGAAGAUGUGGGUGUUAUUGCUUCCAUAGCUGGAACUGGGUGCCUUCAGAGUCUGUCUUCAGAUGGGAUUCAGCUGCAGGAAAAAGUCAGAAACACACAUCAGCUCUUCUCUGAGGUGGAGGAACAGACGGAGAAGAAUAUUAAUGAUCUCGACAGUGUGAGGACGGAGCUCCUCAGUCAGCUCGUGUCAUCUUUGCAAAGCAGCAGCCUUGGACAGUCUGUGCUUCUGGAGCAGAGCAGCAAACUGCUGGGACGAUGGAGCCACUUCCAAACUGAAACCCGGCGGGGCUCGGAGGAGCCCCAGUGCUCUCAGAGCAGUGACCCCAAAGUGUUUCAGGCUUUUCCAAAGUCCACACAGCCAUGCAUUGAAGAUCUGAGACCAGGCGUUGACUCUUCUGUUAAAAGCCGAACUCUACAAGAGCAGAGGCGCCGUCAUGCAAAAGGUUCGUGCUCCCGCCGCGAGGAAGGCUUGAGUAAUGAGGAACACUUUCUCCAGUUACUGCAGGAGUGCCACCAUAAAUUGACAUCCCUGCAGGACAAGCUGUCAGUCUGUCAAGCACAGAAAGAAAGCCCAGGUGGACUGAGGGCUGAUGCAUUAGCUCUGCAGAUAACUCUGAAAGACCUGGAAGAAAAUGUGGGGAGCCAGUCUAGAAGCCACGAAGUGCCGCCAGACAUCAGCCAGCUGAAACAGCAGUGGGACGCCAUGCAGGACUGCGAUAAAAGACUGUCAGAGUUGGCUGACAGAGUUAAUGAGCUGCAAAGGACAAUAGAUUCCACACAGGAAAUGCUUCCCGAAGAUGUCAUUUCAGCCAUCGGUGGAUUAGUUAAAGACCUUGACAGCUUACGAUCAGCUUUUGAACAGAGGAAUCUGGAGGUAGUGGAAAACACUGCUGAGACGGUGAGAGCAGUCAUCACCCAGCUGCAGAAAUGGAUCCAAACAGCACAAGCUGAGCCAUCAUCACCCAGUCAGGCAGCUCUGGAUGAAGGUUUCCACCUUCAAAACGUGCUUCAGCAGCUGCUCACAGAACACCACUUCCUUCUUUCUUGUUUGGGAGCAGAAGUGACAACAGUUCUGGAGAGAAAGGCUGCAGCUGUUCUCAGUGAGAGUCAGCCUGUACUGCGGAAUCUGUCUGAACGCGUGGCCAGCCUUAGUCAAGAACGACUGGAAAGCCACGAUUCGUUGAGACGAGAUGACAAAGGCAGUUUAAGAAAUGAAGAAACGGCCGAUUCUGUUUCAUUGGAUAUUCCUUCGAGCACAUCUUUUUCUCUCUCUUCUUCCUCUGUCGCAGCCAGCAAGGAAGACUCAGGUAGAAACCUGGUGGACGAUGAAAAUAAAACCAAAGGCAAUAAUCAUAAUCAUCCAUUUUCCACUGAGCUGGUCAUAAAAUUACCAACACAAUCAAAUGAGGGCUCUGAUGUCAGGAAACAGGAGCAAGCAUGCCCUUUGAUACAGAAGGAGAGUACUGCUGGUGGCUUCAUUGAACUAAACAAAGGCCUUGGUUCAGCCCCUAUUCAAGCUUCCUGCUCUGAAAUCCCAAAUGUUUUAAGAUCACAGGAUUUGACAGGUCCUCCAAAAAUAAACCUCCGGGCUGAUACUGCGUCAGAGGAUGAGGGCAGGAUGGUCGGCACUGAGACUCAGAGCAUCGCUACCAACCCUUUUCCCACUCCUGGCAAAAUGUCUGCACUUCAAGCAGCCCAAUCAGAGACUUUUAGGGCCAGGGCUGAUGCUCCAGAACAAGAUAAGCAUGAUGGUGAUAGCAGUGGAAACCCAGAUAAAGUGUUCACUGUGGUGUUGGAGCUGCAGGCAUGGGACAUACAGCAGAGUGGACAUUUUGGAACUAGCUGUUCAGAUGUUCUCAGAUGGUCAGAGAGAGCUGAACUUUUCAAUGCAAAACAGGCAGAGAGCUCAAACACAGGGUUCCCUGAGGAAAAGGAGGAACGACCUCCAAGUGCUAAAUCACUAUGUAAAGAAAACCACGAAGCCCUGACAUCAAAGGAUAAAGAGCGUCUGACUUCCUCCAAGUCUGUUGCUGAACGUCAGCACACCGACAGACGUGUGACAGAAACCACACGUCAAAGUGUCAAACGGGAAGAGACGGCCGGGUUUUGCCUCCCUGGGGGAGAAACUGUGGAAGGUUCAGCGCAAACUGAAGAUGCCACAACGGAAACGGGAAGGAAGAUGACGUCACAGAAUCAGAUCCGAGAGAGCAUGGACCCUGAGCGGACGGCGCCGGUUUUACCGGCUGCUCUGGCUGCUGGACAGCAGACAGGUGGAUCCCCGGAUCCCUGCAAGCACAGGUUCACCAUGCAGGACAUUUUAUCUGACAUCCAGAGCUUGGUGGAAAGAAGUACCAUUAUAAAUAGAACUCCGCACACUGGUUUUAACUGGUACCUGAAAUCAUUGCCCGGUGAGGCAGACAUUCAAUUGGUAAGAAGUGUUCAGCAAGUUCUGGCAUGCCGAUAUCAGCCGGCGCAACUCAGUGUCACAGUCAUGGCCAAACAGCUGGAGGAAGCACAGGAGCUCAGGCGUCAUGUGCAGGAGCAAGUGUCUACUCUGAACAACGACACCUCUGUGGUUUUGGAUCCAAACGGUGUGAAAAGAGCCGAGAAACGUCGCAGCGCAGCCCUCCUGGAUGCGUCUGCCACCGUGCAGGUGAAAGCCACGCAGCUGGCUCAGGUCAGACAGUAUCACCUUCAGAUGAAGCUCGCCAAAGCCUUCCUGGAGGUUGUUGCUGCCGAGAGGGAAAAAAUGAGCCUAAAUGCUUUGGGAAGCAGUGCCUUUCAAGCUGAGAAACUUGGUGCUCUGCAGCAAACCAUGGAGCUGAAGAAUUCCCUCAUGGAAGAUUUGCUCUGCAUAAGUGGCCAACUGUCAGCCCACCUAAGUGACGCUGAAAGCUCCGGUGCCCUUCUUGCUCAGCUUGGAGAUGUUCAGGAGGAAUGGAGGCUUCAAGAAGGAAGCAUCAAAAGAGCUCUGCGGCAUGCGUCAAACUCGGCCCGUCAAGCUUCCCUCCUUUGUAACCAGGCCGAACAGCUUAAAGCCAAACUCGAAGCUCUGCUGAAAUGUGAAAGCUGCAACUUAAGGGCCUUCCAACUUAUUUGUCAGACCACAGACCUAAAAAUAUGUAACCAGCUUUAUCUGCGUUUAAAGUCCCAGACAGAUGCCCUCAUCAAAUUUCCUCUUGGGCAGAAAGAAAAAGACGAGAUUGGACAAAAUCUUCAGGGAUUGCGGUCUUUGUUUGACGCCUGUAACACCAAGUUGGACUCUUUCAGCUGUGGUGGCAAUACUUCCGGCAACAUCCACAGGCAACUGGCAGAUUUGAUCAUAUGGGCUAAGCAGGCAGAAAGUCGCAUCUCCACGGGGCAGAAGUUAGCUCUUUUUCCUGAGGAGGCCCGCAUUCAGAUUGCUGAAAUGAAAAAAUUUCAGACUGAAAUCCUCUCUAGGCGGACCGAGGUUCAAGACCAAGUUGAAAAGCUGAAAGGUGAAGCCUCUGAUGUGGAAAAGGUCGAUACCGGCGAACUGAAAACAGUAACAGGCAUGUAUGAAGCUCUUGCUGACAGCCUGGGCUGUGUCCUUAAGACCAUGAAGAGCGAUCUCAGUGAGAGAGAGAAACUCUUGGGUGAGCUUGCUAACCUGGAAUCCUGGCUUGCAGAAACUCACGCUCAAAGAGAUCCCUGCACCCACGUGGAGAACGUUUCAACAGCAGACAUUAGAAAAUUGGAAGAAGAGCUGAAAAACCACAAAUUAGCCACAGUGGAGAUAGAGAACCAACUCAAACUAGUAGAUCAAAUGUCAGACAGCUGUGCCACUAUAGCCAUGGGGUUGAGUCCAGGAGAGAGCCGCUACCUAGUGAACCGGCUUUCAGGCCUGUGGACAGAGUUAGAUGGGCUGUUAGCCCACGAGAAAGCCACCAGCUGGGAACUGGAAGAGCUGAUUCACGAGUGGACCUCUUCAAAUGACGAGUUAUUUACCAUUCAAGGCAGCUUAAAGCAGAUUUCUGCUGACUUGGAGCAGCAGAAAUUCCCUUUGACCCAGGACACACUGCUGGUGAUCGCACAUAUGGAGCACAUGCUUAUGGAGCAUCAGUGUCAAGUACAAGAGCUUCAGCACUGCCAGGAGGCAAAGAGAAGCCCCUUGCUUUGCUCCAUUGGGGAACUGCAAGACAGGUGUAAAGCUCUUAUCAUAAAUGCCUCUGAACAAGACAAAUAUUUGCACCUGAUUGAACAAAUGAAGGAAUCUCAAGACAUCGUCAAAAGGCAAAUUGAACAUGCCAAAAAUAAAGCUGUCAGCGCGGGCGAGAGGUUCAGGCUGUGCCAAGCGCUCCUGGUUGAACUUCCUUUGGUCAAAACACAAUGCCAGGAAGCAGCAGAUCAACUGGAGGCUAUAGCCAAUGAGUUGAAUGCGUCUGAGUUGAAUUCCGAGAGGGAGAGGAUUCACAGCACAGUGGAAACUUUGGAGUCCUGGGAGCAUUCUGCCACGGACGACAUAAAAAACCUGGAGGCCAAAUUACUGCUGGGUCUGCGAUUUGACUCUGAACUUCCCGGCUUUAUCAAAUUAUUACACAGCACAAGGGAGAGGCUAGAGGCAGCCGAACCAGUUUGUCCAGAAGAAAGGGCCAUAGAUACUGCACUACUGCAGUACUGGGUCAUCUGGAGAAAUGUGGAAUCUGGGAUGCGAGUGUUGGAAGGUCUGGCACAGAAAGAGAAAGUUAACUUAAAGAACUACAAGGACCUGUUUUCCCUCAGAGAAGUUGUCAUUCAAGAGUGCCAUUCUUGGAUGGACAGUCUGUCUCAAGCCAGAGAAUCUCUCAAAGAUUAUCAGUGGGCCGCUCAGGGAGCGAUAGGCUUCCUCCACAACGCCGAAACAACCUUCUUAUCAGCUCCCGGAGGGUUUUUGGAUUGCACAGAGGAACAAAGACAGACCCACCAAGCUUUGGAGGUUCUAGAAGAUGGAUUUCAAGCUCACAUCAGCCACCUUGUGGAGCGGGUGCCCCAGCAGACCUGCCUGUCCCGCCCAGAGACAGAGGCGCUCCACAUCAGCGUCCUCAGCCGGCUGUUGGUUGGAAGAGCUGUUCUGGAGGCUCAGGCACAGCUCAGGCUGGAGUGCUUGCAGAGGUGUGAAAUGGGACAACAAAGUCACAGGAAGUGUCACGAGGACAUACGUCAGUGUCUCUCCGGGCUCGAGGAAAGGCUCUCAGAAUGUGCUGCAGAGCGCGUCGCAUCGUACGACAAAUGCGCUGCCCAACAAAGACGAGCCCAGCUUCUGAUGGACGAUCUUCGCCGCCUUGCCUGGAGGAUAGAAGAUCUGAGAGCUGGAUGCCCAGUGCAAGGCUGUGGAGUGGGGAAGGACGGCGGGCUGGGGGCGCUGUGGAGGCGCUGGGCCUCGCUCCGGCGGGGGGCCGGCCUGCUGAUGGCCCGCUCCGAACAGAGGGGGGAGGAAUGGAAAGACAUCGCCACAAGUAUGGAGCAGUGCUGCAGCUGUUUGGCCAGCCUUCAAGCUGAGGUUCCAGACUCCUCCGCUGUGAGCUUCACUCAGGCACCUCAGAAGCUUCUUGCUCAGGCUGAGAUGUACCAAGCAGGCUUGGAGCAGGAGCAGCAGGCCAUUCUGUCCCUGGAGCGUCGACUGGAGCACGCUCUGAGCUUAUCCAGUUCCCACGAGUCCGUCAGCCCCGGGCCAGUUGGAAAAACACUGGUGAAGAUCCAGGAGAACGUCAGGAGCUUGAAAGAGAGAGCCCUGCUGGUUGUGGCUGCAGCUCAGGCAGAGGAGAAGGAGAGGCAUCAGAUCCAGGAGGAGAUCAGACAGUUGGAGAAACAGCUGGUUUCUACCUCAUCACAGCUGGAACUCUGUUCAAAUCCAAGUGAAAGACAUGAGCUCAAGAAGGAUUUGUCCUCACUGAAGAUCGAGCUAAGGUGUAUCAUGGACAACGUGCAGAGACGAUUUGAUGAGAUUCCUGUUGAUAUUGAAAUGCAGAUACAAGAAGUCCAAGCGUCCGUACAGAAAGCGGAGGAGGUGAUUCUUGAGAGGAACAGCCCAGUCAAAAAACUGGCCUGUAGACUACAUGAGCUGAGUUCUGGCCUGGAAGAAGUUAAAGCAUUACUGGAGAAGAGAAGUACAACAGUCACUGAAGCUCAAAAUGUCCUUAAGCAUGUUUGGGAUGAGCUGGAUUCAUGGCACAGCAGCUUGAUGCUCCUGGAGAACGAAGUGCAGGAUCUGGCAGAGGAGCAGCCAGAAGAAGCCCAGCUUCUCAUGGACCAGCUCACAGAACCACUCCAGCUCUACCAAAACGCAGCGCACAUGGCUGAGCACCGCACCACCUUCCUCAGCAGGAUCCCUGCCUGUCUUAAGGAGUUUGAAGACAUCCUGCACAGAGCCACCUGCUGGUUGGAUGAAGCCCAGUCGUGGCUCAAGUCUCCCUGCUCAUUCACAACAGCCAGAAGUCUGCAGAAUCAUGCAAAGUCUUUGCAGCUGGUGUUGGAAGACUCCGACAGGAUCAGAAGAAGUCUGCAGGACUUCAGGUCGAUGCUGGCUGAGAUCGAUGCUGUGUGUGACAUCAGACGUCUGGAGGAAAGGCUCAACCAGAGUGACGCACAAGUCCACGAAAUGCAAUGUAGCAUCUCUGACCCGCUGACUCAGCUUUUACAGGCCUAUGCAAUCGUGGAAGUAAUUGAAGCCGACGUGAAGAUUAUGGAGAAGAAUGUCCCUAAAAUCAGGACCAUUUUAUCCUCGAUGGAUGUGGCAAACAUACCCCUGACAGAGCAUCUUCACAACCGACAGGUGAUCCUGGCCAGCCUGCAGUCAAUGCUGAGUGGUUUAGAGGACAUAGAGAGAUGCAAAGGGGAGCUCCACAUUGCUGAGGGAGUAGACGACCUUCAGGUCUUCUCCAGAGCUAAACUUCUCCUGCAGCCUCUGCAGGACAUGGACCAACUCACCCGGGAGCAGCUGUCACUGCUGGAGAACAUGAUUAGGUCAGAAGAAGAAACCUCUACAAGUCCUGACCCCGCCACAGUUUCUGAUUUUUCUGAAGAGGCAGAGCAGCUCCACAGAUCUGCACAGAGACAUUUUGAUCAGGACCCAGAGGACACGAUGGAUUUGUUAGAUGGGCAAAUUGAGGAUAUGGCUGAAAUUCAACCACAGGCCCAGGUUAUGGAGCAGCAGAGUUCAGCUCAGCGGUUUUCUCCAGAGGCAGAGACAAGCUCAAAGGGGGCUGAAGCCAGGUUUUUGUCUUCUGAGCCUGGCCGUGAGGACAAUUCUGCUUUUAGUCCUAAAACUGUGAUGGUGGAUUCUCCAGACAAUGCAAACAAAGCUGAGGUUCACUUUAAAGUAGCCGUUCCAGGUCUACAGGAAUCACCAAAACAGGAAACCUCCGACCACCCUCAGACGGACUCAGCGGCUGAAGAAACAAGACUGAUUCCUUCAAGACCCAUAACUCCAUUUAGUGCCAAACGGACAUCCGAUGAGUUUAGAGAGGAGAAAGAUGAAAAUACAUUGUUCUCCCCUACUCCUCAUCUAGAUCAGGAUGCCCCUAAUAGACUGGAAGAGCACCAAAAAGCAAAGGAAGGAUCCGUGCAAACCAAGGGACUGUCUGAGCCGACAUUAAGCUCGGCUGCUGGUAAAGACGAUGACAAGGAGUGCCAAAGCUGGGGCCAACUUCUCUUCCAAAUCUCAGAAAAAUUGACCAUUUUGAGAAAACUGCAACAGAAGCAUCAAAGUGGAGUCAACACAGAAAAUAGGGAUAAAAAUGAUAAGCCUUUAGAAAAUCCAUCAGCGUCAACAGGAUCGGCCUCUGCAGUCCUUCAGCAGACACGAGAAUCCAUCGCUGUGCUACAGCAAACAGUGACAGCUGCAGGUAGUUCUGAUCCAGGUCAAAAUGAGAAGCUGUUCCAGGCUCUACGCAGAGUCCUCCUCUGCCUCCACCCGUUGACUGACUUUCUGCUGGCUCCUGCUGGGGCUGGAGGAGAUGCUGAUCCUCAGCUUAGGCUGCUGCAGCUGGAGUGUGUGUCAGCAGAGCUGCUGACUCUGUCCGGGCUGCUUGGUAAAAUGGAGCCGGAGCUCCCACCUGCACUCUCAAAGGAUGAGCCAGAUGCUUACAGAUGUCUGACUAGUCUUCAGGAUGGUCUACAAAAAGCCCAGUUUGUCCUCACCUCCCUCCACAAUCAGCUGACUGAAGAUUCAGGCCUCAGCGAACAGCUUCAGGAGCCCUCCUCAACUCAGAUGUGUCUCCUGUAUGAGAUUGAACUGGAACAGAAUGAGAUUUUCCCAAAUCUAAAGAAUGCUUCCAAUCUGGAGAGUGUUCUGGGCAGAUAUCUGAGCAAGUGUACGGGGGGAGAAGACAAGCCUCAACACGCCUCUCGGUCCUUGCUUCAGGGGAUAACUCGUCUCCUGGAACUGGGUGAAGAAUGCUUAACAGAAAGACGGGCGAGACAGGCUCCCAGCUGCAGUAAACUUCAAGCCGUUCUCCGCAGACACAAGGUCCUCAAAUCCCAGCUGGCUUUCGUUCAGUAUUUAUUCCACCAUGAGCCAAAUGUGCUCAGGGGUAAAGAGGAUGAAUGGAAACAGCUGGAAGUCAGGGCCAAAGCGCUGAACCAACUGGCCCUGGAAAAGGAAGUAGCUUCUCAAACAAGGCUCCAGGAGUGGGUCAACUGGGAGGAUCGCUGUGCUCGACUGGUCGAGGUGCUGAAUGAGUCUGAGGCCUUCAUCAGCAGUGGGGAGCCGGAGGGAGCCGAUGAUGAGGAGCUGGUGCAGCGCAGACUGAAUGCCUGCGAGCAAACUCUGCUCCGUCUGGAGGAAAGCAGGGCUCUGCUAGGACCGCUCCUGGACGAUGGGAAGUUGCUGCGGGCAGAGGCCUGGUUUGCUGCCCCGGUCGGUCAGACAGGAGGCGCUCUGGAGCUGCAGUGGAAGAGCAUCUACAGCCGGACGGAGCAAGAGAUCCAACGCUGCCAAGACAUCCAAGAAAGCAGGGCCAGAUUCCAGGCUGACUUUGCGUCGGUCAGUGGAUGGCUGCUCGGUGCCAACGUGAAGACUUUGUUUGGUCUGGCAGUUUCUUCUGGCCCGAGUCAGGAGUCUGUGCAAAGCAAUUUGGUAAAGCUGCUGGACUUCUCUUUGGACGUGGAGGCCAUGUAUCUGCUGAAGACGUCUGUUUCUCAGCAUGCUGCUCGACUCCUCUACCUAACGGAAGCCGACUGCCCUGCACUGCGAAGCCAGCUCACCCAGUUAGAGGACAGCUGGAGCCAGCUGACCUCUGACCUGUCAGAGGUGCAAGACCGUCUGCAACAGCGUCUGCUGGCAGCACAGCAACCACUGAAGCUGAUUUCUGAAAUGGAGAGCUGGCUGAAAAAAACGGAGGCUCGACUGAGCCAAGAAAAAGAACAAGUACUGGAGGCAAAAAAUGGAGCUCAGGUCACAGAAGUUCUGCAGCACUAUCAGGUGUUGAAGACAGUUGUUGCCAAAGGGCAAAUCCUGCUCGACUUCCUGUUUCAGUCUGGACCACAGAUGGUCGGAGCAAACGUCCAGGCCCUCCGAUCAAAAGGCACAAAGUCUGCAGAGAAACUUGGCUCCAUCCGAUUGCAGUGGCUGCUUCUUCAAAGAGAGCUGGAGAUUCAGAUUCAUGAAGCUGAACAGAUACAUCGCACUUGCGCAGACCGAGAGAGACGUUUGCAGAGUCUUCUCGGCUGGACAGAGCAGCAGAAAAAGCAGCUCAAACUGUGGAAACGGCCCAGCAGCCAAACCCUAGCCUGCAAGGCCCUUCAGGAGUGUGAGGCUGUUUUGGGGAAAGUAAAUGAGGUUUCUGACGCCCUGCAGAAGCUAAAAACUACACGAGUACAGGAUGAAAAGGACAAGAGGCACCCGAGUGAUGUCAGCUUCUGGAAACAAGCUGACAGUGUCUGCCAUGCUUGUGGGGAUCUUAGCCAUCAGGUGGAAGUGCUGAGACCGACUCUUCAAAGGUCCAUGGAGGAGUGGGCAUGCUUCCAUAAAUGUCUGAGGGAUUUUCGAUUUCACACCAACAGGGUACGCUGUUCCCUGCAGCGAGACCGAGCUCCUUUCUUCUCACUUAAACAGGUUGAAGGAUACUCAGACCUCCUCCAGAAUCUCCAGGUGACGGCUGCAGAGGGGGAAGAACUUUUAGUAGCUUUGGAAAAAUCCCAUCAAAGGCUGGCAGAGACUCUUCAUCAUUUAGACGAACAGGCACUCAGCGCCCAAGUGGAAGAUGAGCGGAAACGGUGGAAAGACACAGUGCAGGAGAUAAAGGAUGAAUACGCAAAAACUGGAAAGACACUUUCGUUCUGGCAGAAAUACGCUCGCCUAUCCGAUGGUUGCUCUCAUCAGCUGCAACACCUUUGGCAUGAGUGGGAGAAGUUAUGGAGUUCUUCACUUUCACCUGAGAAGGAUGCAGAAGCAAUGCUUUGUUCAGUCAAAACAUUACAGGAAGCUGCUGAAGACUUACAAGCUGCUGUAGGAGAUGUGCUGGAGGUAUCUAAACCUCUUACUGGGCAGCUCGAACCAUGCGCUGCAAAUUUAAUCCAAUCAAAAAACAGAUUGCUGUCACGUGACAUGCUGCUGUUGAACCAGGCAGUUAUGGGAAGAAAGAGGUUCACUGAGGAAGAUUUACAGCAACAGAAAUUGUAUCAAACUCAAGUGGAAGCUAUUGUAAAACAGAUGGAAAUCUCACAGCAAAAACUUCAAGAUAGCAAAUCUAACACCGACUGUGUACAGCAGGUUCUUCUGGAGCUCAGUGGCCUGUUUCCAUCACUAGUAAACAUUCAGGAGAGUGGCUAUGUUAAUCUGAACAACCAGGAGAGGGACAGACUGCAUGCACUCAGCAGGCAGUGGUCAGAAGCCCUGAGUCGGGCAUUAGACAUGAACAGAGACUUUCAUCAGAAGUUGCAAGACUCCCAAAACUUUGAGGAGAAGUGUACAAAACUGAGGUCCCUCCAAGAAAAGCUGGAGCUGGAAUCGGUGAACAGAAAAUCUCCAACUUACUCAAACCUCCUAGAGAUGCUCGCUGUCCAUCAGAGGCUCCAGGCUGAGGUCAUUAUUGGUCAUCGGCUCCUGCAGGGCCUCCUCGUAGAGGCCGUUGAAUCCAUGGAAAAAGACACAGGAAAGAAAAGAUCUGAGCUCCUGGCUCAAGUGUGGUGUAUAAAAAAGAGCUGGAUCAACUCUGUGGCUCUGACUGGACAAAACUGGACCCUGACAAAGAAACAGUUGCUCCGGUGGAAAAUCUAUCGUCAGGGUUCGAAACUUCUGUGGAAGCUGCUUGGGGUCAUGGACACUGUGCUACCCUCUACUGGGCCGUUUUCACACACACUGCAUCAGUUACAGAGCUGCACUGAUGCUUACCAGUGUGUCGAAGAGUCUCUGGCUCUGCACUUUCCUGUGUACAGCCAGACUGUGGAGGCUGGAAAACAUUUGUGCGAAACUGUCACAGUUUUGGAGUGUCAGGAUCAAGUUGAGUCAGAGCUUCAGACCUUGGAGGAGGCCUGGGAGCGGACCGGCUCUCAGCUGAGGAGGCACAGGGACCAGGCAAACGUCACCAUUACGAAGUGGUCUGUGUGUCAGAGUGGAAUAACCAACAUCCACCAUGAACUGGAUAAGGUGAAGCAUCAGCUGGCAGGAGGACUGGGAGGCUCUGAAGAACUUAUCCAGGAGACCGAGCUGUCUCUGCAGCGUUCGGACGGCGGACUUAAAGAAGUGACCACCAUGAAGAUGGAGCUAACCCAGUGUGUCACCGGCAGCGACUCCGCUCUGCUGGAGCAGCAGCUGGAGCUCCUCCACGGCCAGUGGGAAGAACUGUGUCUGAAGGUAUCCUCACACAGGCAGGAAAUAGCCGACCGCCUCAAUGCCUGGACCAUCUUUAACGACAAGAACAAAGAGUUCCGUGAUUGGCUGACUCAGAUGGAGAACAAGGUGUGCCACGCUGGAGAUCUGAGCAUCGAGGAAAUGGUGGAAAAACUGAAGAAGGACUGCAUGGAGGAAAUCAACUUGUUCAGUGAGAACAAGAGCCACCUGAAGCAGCUGGGAGAGCAGCUGCUCUUAGCCAGUGAUGAGGCCAAGCAGACCCAGGUCCGCGGGUCGCUGCAGGAAGUCAAUCAACGCUGGCAGAACCUAUUUUACCACAUCGAAGCCAGAGUGAAGAAGCUGACGGAGACCCUGGGGACGGUGCAGCAGCUGGACAAGAACAUGAGCAACCUGCGCUCGUGGCUCUCUCGCAUCCAGGCCGAGCUGUCCCGGCCAAUCACCUACAGCGUCUGCCACGAGCGCGAGAUCCAGAGGAGGCUGGCCGAGCAGCAGGAGCUUCAGCGGGACAUCGAGCAGCACACGGAGGGCGUCGCCUCGGUGCUCAGCCUCUGCGACGUGCUCCUGCGGGAUGAGGACGCCGCCCGCAGCUCCGAGGCGGAGAGCGACUCCCUGCAGGAGACCAGCCGCAGCCUGGACCAGCGCUGGAGGACCAUCUGCGCUCUGGCUCUGGACCGGAGGCUCAGGAUCGAGGAAACGUGGUCACUCUGGUGUAAAUUCCUGAACGACUACUCCCGCUUCGAGGACUGGCUCAAGAUGGCCGAAAGAGCCGCGGCUAACCCAAACUCUGCAGACGUCCUCUUUACCGUUGCCAAGGAGGAACUCAAGAAGUUUGAGGGUUUCCAAAGGCAGGUUAAUGAGCGGCUGACUCAGCUGGAGCUCAUCAACAACCAGUACCGCCGCCUGGCCCGGGAGAACCGCACCGACCGGGCCAGCCAGCUCAAAGCCAUGGUCCACGAGGGCAACCGCCGCUGGGACGCCCUGCACCGCAGGGUGGGCGCCAUACUCCGCAGGCUCAAGUAUUUUACCAGCCAGAGGGAGGAGUUCGAAGGCACCAGGGAGAGCAUGCUGGUGUGGUUGACUGAGCUGGACCUGCAGCUUACUAACGUGGAGCACUUCUCAGAGAGCGACGUCCAUCACAAGAUACAGCAGCUCAAUAGUUUUCAGAGGGAGAUCACCCUGAACACUGAGCGCAUCGAUGGCCUGAUCGUGUUUGGAGAAGGCCUGAUCCAGAGGAGUUCCCCGCAGGACGCGGCGCUGAUAGAGGACGAGCUGGAGGAGCUGCACUCCUACUGCCAGGAGGUCUUCAGCAGGCUGGUCCGCUUCCACCAGCGCCUCAGUCAGCCCCCGACGACCAACGAGGAUCCGGAUCUCUCCGCUACGACCUUCUCUCUGGAGUCAAGCUUGGAGCUGAUUGGUCGGCCUUGGCUGGGGCGGAACCAGGGCAGCCUCCCGGCCACGCCCACCCACCUGCUGGCCUCGCCCCUGGAGCGCUCGGGCCGGGAGACGCCGGUCAGCGUGGACUCCCUGCCCCUGGAGUGGGACCACACCGGAGACGUGGGAGGGUCCUCAUCGCAUGAGGAUGAUGAAGAAGAAGACGAGGAAGAGGAGGAGGGGGCCUACUUCAGUGCAUUAUCAGUUUCAAGACGCUCUGCGUCUGUCCGUGAGUCUCCAAGAUGGCGGUCGUCCGGAGACUCAGAAGUUCAGCUCGACACGGAGGAGCACGCCGACACUGCCCCCGCCCUCACCAGCACUCCCCUGAAGGGGGGCUAUCUGCGUCUCAUGUCCCAGUGCAGCGGCAGCAUCGAGAACCUGAAGAGAGUCUCCCUGAUCCUGGAUGACGAGGAGCAGCCGGAGCAGCUGGGUUUGACAGGACUGGCCGCCUCGGAUAAACAGUCGGGCGUGAUCGAGCGCUGGGAGCUGCUCCGGGCCCAGUCCAGGUGUGACCAGCAGGCCGACCCCGGGGGGCCUCAGCAGCUCCCGUCCGACCUGGAUGACAUCACUUCCUGGCUGGAGAGCGUGACACCUGAGCUGGAGCGCCUGCUGAAGUCAGACCCGGCUGCUGGUAUAGAGGACAUGGAAGCCAGAGCCAAAGAGCUCAAGGAGAUGCAAAAAGCAUUUGCUCACUACAAGUCCAUCAUGCUGGCUGUGAAUCUGCGAGCAGAGCCAGCUCCUGAGCUGCAGGUGAGGCUGUUGAGCCUGAACAGGGACUGGAGCCGAGCCUGUACGGGCCUCCAGCAGUGGGACGCCAGCCUGAGGAGGACGCUUAUGAACUGCCAGGAGUUCCAUGAGACCCUCCACUCCCUGCUGCUGUGGCUGGCUCACGCAGAAAGCCAACGCUACGCUGUGGACAUAAGCCAGCCGGACACAGCGGUCAGAGCUCUGCAGCAUCACAGCAGCACCCUGACCGUAAGCACUCCUCCAGAUCCAAGACGGGUUUCUCUAAGACUAGGAGGGGCUCUGUUCUCUUCAUCGGGUCGUGGAGAGGAAGGUGUUGACAAACUGCCCGUUUUUUUCCGCGUGUUUCCCGACCCACAGGGCCUGCGGGAGGAGCUCCGGGCCCGGCAGGAGCAGCAGGCCUCGCUGCAGGCCCUGUGGUCCCACCUGCAGCCGGACGACGGCGCGGAAGAGAGCGCCGAGGCCCAGGAGAAGCUGCACGUGACGGGAGGCAAGCUGAGGCUGCUGCUGGCUCAGGUGGAGCGGGACCUCCGGGCCGUGCGGCUGCGCCUGGACGCCCAACGUGCCAGUGACACGUCCCAGGAGGAAGCGCCCUCAGAGAAAGCCUCGUCCCCACAGAGGUACGCAGAGGAGACCCUGUUCCUAACGCUGCAGAGCAGGGGCUCCUCCCCGCCGCGCUCCUUCUUUCAGCGGGUGCUGCGCGCCGCCUUCCCCCUGCAGCUGCUGCUGCUGCUGCUGCUGCUGCUGCCCUGCCUCAUCCCGCUGUCCGAGAGGGACCCCGGCUGCACCCUGACCAACAACUUCGCCCGGUCCUUCUACCCCAUGCUCCGCUACACCAACGGCCCGCCACCCACCUGA